AUGGGAUUCGUCUUCUGCGGUGAUCCUAAUUCGAUGGUGGAGAAUCCUGAAGUUACUGCCUUUGUCGGAGAGCUGCUUGAAGGCUCAGUAGUUGUGGUCCAUGUUGGGGGUUCCAUGAAAGCCCCUGAUGUGAUCGUGGAGGAUGGAGCGGACAUCAAAGCCCCUGAUGUGAUCGUGGAAGAUGGAGCGGACAUCAAAGCCCCUGAUGUGAUCGUGGAAGAUGGAGCGGACAUCAAAGCCCCUGAUGUGAUCGUGGAAGAUGGAGCGGACAUCAAAGCCCCUGAUGUGAUCGUGGAGGAUGGAGCGGACAUCAAAGCCCCUGAUGUGAUCGUGGAGGAUGGAGCGGACAUCAAAGCCCCUGAUGUGAUCGUGGAAGAUGGAGCGGACAUCAAAGCCCCUGAUGUGAUCGUGGAGGAUGGAGCGGACAUCAAAGCCCCUGAUGUGAUCGUGGAGGAUGGAGCGGACAUCAAAGCCCCUGAUGUGAUCGUGGAGGAUGGAGCGGACAUCAAAGCCCCUGAUGUGAUCGUGGAGGAUGGAGCGGACAUCAAAGCCCCUGAUGUGAUCGUGGAAGAUGGAGCGGACAUCAAAGCCCCUGAUGUGAUCGUGGAAGAUGGAGCGGACAUCAAAGCCCCUGAUGUGAUCGUGGAAGAUGGAGCGGACAUCAAAGCCCCUGAUGUGAUCGUGGAGGAUGGAGCGGACAUCAAAGCCCCUGAUGUGAUCGUGGAAGAUGGAGCGGACAUCAAAGCCCCUGAUGUGAUCGUGGAGGAUGGAGCGGACAUCAAAGCCCCUGAUGUGAUCGUGGAAGAUGGAGCGGACAUCAAAGCCCCUGAUGUGAUCGUGGAGGAUGGAGCGGACAUCAAAGCCCCUGAUGUGAUCGUGGAAGAUGGAGCGGACAUCAAAGCCCCUGAUGUGAUCGUGGAAGAUGGAGCGGACAUCAAAGCCCCUGAUGUGAUCGUGGAAGAUGGAGCGGACAUCAAAGCCCCUGAUGUGAUCGUGGAAGAUGGAGCGGACAUCAAAGCCCCUGAUGUGAUCGUGGAAGAUGGAGCGGACAUCAAAGCCCCUGAUGUGAUCGUGGAAGAUGGAGCGGACAUCAAAGCCCCUGAUGUGAUCGUGGAAGAUGGAGCGGACAUCAAAGCCCCUGAUGUGAUCGUGGAAGAUGGAGCGGACAUCAAAGCCCCUGAUGUGAUCGUGGAAGAUGGAGCGGACAUCAAAGCCCCUGAUGUGAUCGUGGAAGAUGGAGCGGACAUCAAAGCCCCUGAUGUGAUCGUGGAAGAUGGAGCGGACAUCAAAGCCCCUGAUGUGAUCGUGGAAGAUGGAGCGGACAUCAAAGCCCCUGAUGUGAUCGUGGAAGAUGGAGCGGACAUCAAAGCCCCUGAUGUGAUCGUGGAGGAUGGAGCGGACAUCAAAGCCCCUGAUGUGAUCGUGGAAGAUGGAGCGGACAUCAAAGCCCCUGAUGUGAUCGUGGAAGAUGGAGCGGACAUCAAAGCCCCUGAUGUGAUCGUGGAGGAUGGAGCGGACAUCAAAGCCCCUGAUGUGAUCGUGGAGGAUGGAGCGGACAUCAAAGCCCCUGAUGUGAUCGUGGAAGAUGGAGCGGACAUCAAAGCCCCUGAUGUGAUCGUGGAGGAUGGAGCGGACAUCAAAGCCCCUGAUGUGAUCGUGGAGGAUGGAGCGGACAUCAAAGCCCCUGAUGUGAUCGUGGAGGAUGGAGCGGACAUCAAAGCCCCUGAUGUGAUCGUGGAGGAUGGAGCGGACAUCAAAGCCCCUGAUGUGAUCGUGGAAGAUGGAGCGGACAUCAAAGCCCCUGAUGUGAUCGUGGAAGAUGGAGCGGACAUCAAAGCCCCUGAUGUGAUCGUGGAAGAUGGAGCGGACAUCAAAGCCCCUGAUGUGAUCGUGGAGGAUGGAGCGGACAUCAAAGCCCCUGAUGUGAUCGUGGAAGAUGGAGCGGACAUCAAAGCCCCUGAUGUGAUCGUGGAAGAUGGAGCGGACAUCAAAGCCCCUGAUGUGAUCGUGGAAGAUGGAGCGGACAUUUUGCUCUUUAUUAUAUUCUAUAUCGUUUCUAAUUGUCUGUAA